GAAAAAAUCUUGCACGAGUAUGACAAAACAAAGACAUUGACGGAUGCUACACGGCGACAAAUGGUAAACCUCCUGGUUGCAGACAUGAUGGAAGUACAUGGGAGAAUACCACCAACCCAUGUGCGAACAAAAUAUGCUGUUGGCAUCACCACUCUAUUUCCCAACCUUAGUGAUCCAUACUCUGGAAACGGAUAUGAACACUACUAUGAUGCAGAAAGUGGGUCUGGCUACUUGGCCUGGAGGAUAAAGACCGUCCAGCGCAACACUGCAGUUCAAUCUCGGAGAUGCUCCACCAGCACUACGUAUGGUCCAAAGAGCAAGAGGGAUUUUCUCCUGGCUGACAAGCAACUGUUCGGCGAGGAAUGCCGUGAGGCAAUAUCCUUAUUGAAACAUUCAACUGAUGUGUCAGUUGUCAAAGAUAAGAUGAUGGCAACAUUUCAAUACCGCCAGAUGCUAGUUCAGGACCAGCAAAACUCUGCAACAGUCUUGGAUGUGUUCCCGCGGUUUCUCGACAUCCCCGGCUUGAUUGACCAAGAUUUCACCAUGAUGUUUGGAGAAGAGGUUUCUGGCAGAUUUUUGGCAAAAUGGCCGACGUACUUCAAACCCAGGCUCCUGGCAGACUGCAAGAACCGGACUUCUAAUGAGCAUGUUGAAAAACUCUUGUCUGCGCAGCAAAACUCAAAUGAGUCUGGCUGGGACAGUGACCUGUCAAGCGUUCUACUGCUGGUUCACCUGCUCCCCCCUACGUCAAAAGGCCACAAGAAGAGUGCUAAGAUUAGCUCAUAUCAAGCUGUCAACCAUGUGGCGAGAUAUCUUAAGAUUGGAGCCAGUGUUGAGGCCUUCCUAGGGAGCUUGGAACCAGGACAGCCCUUCCUCCUCUGUGUUGGUGAACAGAAGAACAACAUUCAGAGGUUCUAUGUCAUCAUUGACAAGAAGGCCAUCCCUUGCAAGGCGCAAACAUCCCUGGCAGUUUUCGAUGAGCUUUUCAAGGCACACUUCAUCUUCAGUGUUAACUACCAUGAAUCCCUCAACAGCUUCUACACAUUCAUCCAAACCACAGUGUUUAACAUCGACUUGGGAAGUUUAUGA